AUCGUCGGGGGAGCGGUUUAAGUGGGGUAAAAGCCAGGCAUUGUGAUUGGUUGGUAAAACUUACCACCACUGGGGAUCAUGCGAACAAAGAGCCGAAGCUUGUUAUGAGGCAUCGAUGAUCGCAGCCAUUAGAAAGUCUUCGGCAGUGACGAGGUGCGGUUCAGUGUAGGACAAAUAUUAUUGGUGUGGUGUAUCGUUAUUGAUAAAUUUUCAUUUCAUAUUAAUAUCGUGAAUUUAUUCUUCAUCUUAAUAUUUAUCGUUUAAAUAAAAGAAGAUUUAACGAUAAAAAUUAACAGAAAAUAAGAUUGUGUGAGAAAAAAAAGUGAUAAUAAAAGGAAGAGAUAAGAGGUAACAAAUAGAGUACAGUGUGUUUAACAAUAAUAUUAAAUACGCUAAAAUAAAAGCUCGAUUUUUUAAAACAAAAAUACAUCAAACUACUGCGGUAGUAACGUCAGAGAUUCAAUAUCAUUCGAUCGCGCUGGAGGAGCAACGUUAUUCGGACCGCUACGCUCAGUGGCGACGCCAUUUUGAAGAGAUUGAAUUGGAUUGGAAAGUAGUAUAUCGCUGCUGUGUGCCGUGAUCUCAUCACGUUAUUUUACCGUGGCGAAAAAAAGAAACGUGGAGAAUAUAAUCGAAGCUGGGGGAAAGAGUGCGUAUAGAGAAACAAGUUGAUUGAUUGAUUGAUUAAUACUGUCUGCCAUAUAAAAUUUAUAAUCAUGAGACUGGAAAUAGUGUCCGCUGCGGACUUUCUAGUACAUCUACUCCGACUUCAGGCUGGCCAGCUGUCGGAGAGUCAGCUUGAAGAAUUUAAAUCGUCACUGACAGAAGUUUUACGACGACGGUAUAGAGAUCAUUGGUUUCCAGAUCGACCAAAUCGAGGUUCCGGUUAUCGUUGUCUACGCAUUAACGGUAAAAUGGAUCCAGUAAUAGCACAAGCGGGAGCGAAUGUUGGUUUGUUGCCGACGGUAUUGCACAAUUUAUUUCCAAGUGAAUUGACCAUGUGGAUUGAUCCAUCUGAAGUGUCCUAUAGAAUUGGUGAAAAUGGUUCGAUUUGCGUAUUAUAUGAACGAACAGAACCGGACCCUGAAGAAAUUACUCCAAGGCCAUCUUCAUCGUCAUCAUCGGCCUCUUCAACCUACUCAUCGAGCUCAUCAUCUUCGAUGUCCUCAAUGUCAUCUGGUUUAUCAUCAUCACCUACAUCUCUUGGCAUUCCUCAACAACAGCAAUUCGAGAGUUGUAAGGAUUCUUUAAUCCUUGAGCACUCGCAAUUUAAUGAGCAAAUCGCGGCAUUUGUCUCCAGUUGAAUUAAUAAAAUUAAUAUUAAUCUGACCCGACGAGUUAACACUCGUCCGAUUCUUGUGUUUCCUCGUGUUGUUUUGCCAAUUAUUGUCAUCAACUUCAAUCAACUCAAGUCAACAACAUCAAAUCAUUGCCAAGCUGAUUAUUAUUCUUACAACAAUGCAACAACGCCAUAUUGGACGCUCCCGUCCAUUCGCCAGUCCGUCCAUCCGACUCUUCCCCCAUGCGCUUGAGAUAAUAAAACAACACACUAAAAUGGCUGAUCAACGUCAUCGUCAAUGUGGUCGAUCAUCAAUGAAACUCAUAUACGAGCAAACUGAUCUCAAUACUUUAACUAUUAAUUCUAAUUCUAUAUUAAGCACAUACAUUAUUUUUUUCUCUUCCUCCAUAAAACCUCCAUUGUGGGGUUACACAACAAUCCACUACCACUAUUAAUUAAUCUGGAUAUGUAAGAUGGAUCCUACGAACCAGCCAGGAUAUGAGGCUUUCUCAAGAAGCUCGUAACAUCAUUCAGCUCUCCUGCCUUCAUUAUCCAGUGAUUACAACGAUUUUUGCAGUACCAGUUAUCAGCAGCAGUAACAACAAUAACAACAACAGUACCACCGUCACCCAGCAUCAAUCAAUCGCUCUUUAUGUGUAAAUGUAUAUAGGCACAUAACAUUGUAUGUAGACGUUCAUAGUGAGUAUCAAUAUGUGCAUUAUUAUGCUCACUAUGAUCUUUUAUUAUUGUAUAUUACAUCCUUUGCAACAGCUGUGAUUUCUCUGUGUGAGUGAGCAGUAUAAAA